AUGCCUGACCAUCGCAAGCCCAUUGCUCCCAAUCCCCCUCGCUGGAAACCAGCCGCCGAUCCAACUACCAUAGAGGUCCCGGGUUUGGAUACAGACGCGUACGCGGUUGGGACAGAAUCCGUGAGAGAGGCCGCAAAGAACCUUCAGUUCUGGACAUCGUUCUACGAACAAGCCGCACAAAUCCGCAUACCGACAUACGACGAUCACUCAACUGUGAACGAUUUGUCUUCAGAGCGAGAAGAAGUCAACGAGGACCAACCAGACGCGUCGCAUGUAUCGCAUUCGCAAAAAGAUUAUGAACCAAGCAUAAACACAGAAAGUUCGUUCUUUCCUGGUCAAGACGCGUUCUCCUCUACUCCAGCUACCGCUCGCGUUGCGAGCACGCAACAGAGCUUCGCCAGUGAGGGUUCCAGUAACUCCUCAUGGGCGAAUCCACUGGAGUCUCCGCUUGUCCGACUCAGUAGGGAAAUUCAAAGUCUCGAUGACGACGACGACAAUAGCCUUGCUCCCCCGUCUAUAAUCAACAUGACACCGGCCGGACAAGCACCGGACUCUACGUCUGAAAUAAGCCAGCGUCAACUAACCGUCUCACAAUCCACGAAAGGAAAGGCAAAAGAACCCUCACAGCCCCUCUUGCGAAAUGUCCUUCGCCAUAAUCUUUAUUCCGCGAGCGACGCAUCUUCAUCCGAUUUAACGUCGCACAAACCGGUCUCGCCACUCAAAUUCAGGACAAAGCCAAAGACACCUGUGCCGAAGACACUUAAUCCAUACCUUCCACCCAACACUGAUCCUGACAAGUGGGAUGGCGUGGUUGACCUUCGUGAUCCUACAGUCUUGACACCCCAACGUUAUGGGAGGGCAUAUUCAAAGCAUAAAGCUGCCAAGGAAUCGGAUGAUGAUGAUGAUUCAUUUGACGGACUGCCACAGGGCAUGUCACCACCCGUAUUGAUGUCACCAGCUCGACCUCCAAGGUCACUAGCGGAGCUCGGACUUCUCAAGCUUGGACAAACUCCUACUAAAGAGGCGUCAGCGCGAAUUGCGCGAGAUUUGGUCAAAGAUGCACAGAUGAGGAGCGGUCAAAUGCGACACCUCUAUGGAUAUCCUAACAGCGGCGUUGAAUCAAGCAUGAGCACCGUGCCGACUCCUCCCUCGCUGUCUCGCUAUAAUCGAGAAAGCAGUACCAGCGUCAGUCUCGCUGAUUCGAGUUUUGAUAGCAUGGUUCGCCGUGUGGGGCUAAAUGUUCCCAGUGUAUCUAGACUGGGCUCGACACCUGGGCUGCGCCUCAAAACCAAGGCUCCACUCAAUCAAGAAAGGGACGAGAGUCUACAACGAGAUGACAGCAUGUUGACUCCCCUUGACAGAGGAGUACUUUCGACAUCUGAUUAUGAUCAGCCGCACCAUGAUAUCGACUCGGAUUCCGAUUCUCUUGACGAGAUCAAUAACACAGCGCACCCUUCUGCGGCUUUUCUCAUGGCUUCACAGGGCAGGAGAGGAGGUGACGACUCCUUUGGGUCUUCCAAUCACUCCAGCGAUUCCCUGACGGACGAAGACGCCGAUAAUGGCUUAGUACCCAUACAUCCAUUUGCAAAUGCGGUGGAGGAUGAUGGAUUUGACGACGAUGAGUCGUUUGACGGUUUUGAUGGCAAUGCUGGAGGCGGGGAUUUUGUGGAGGAAACAGUCUUUGGCGUUGCCCCGGCUCAGAGAAUAGCUGCGCAGGCCGCUGCUGCUGCACAUCGUCAACAAGGUGGAUUGAGGAUGCUGGAGAUGAGAGCUGGAACGACGAAAGAUUUCACCAUGAAAAGGAUUUCGUCGAACCCCAGUCAAAUUGGGAAUCUCAUUGUCGUCCUGAUAUUUUUUCUUGUGGUGUCAUCGACUCCGAGUCCUUUUGCCCAUGCUCGGUUCACGACAGCGACAUGCGUUGGGACAGAGUGCAUACAACAGAACGCUGCGGGAGCUUGGUGCUAUAUACCCGUCUCUGACUUGACGCGAGACACUUCUUGCAAUGGAGGCGGUAGCGAGAGCCCGGAAUUUGCGACUGUUUUGGAGGUCCACCUGGCUCAGAGCCUGUCCAUUGCCUACUACAACGGUGUCGACAAUACUUUUUUGGGUGGCGCCAAUUAUCCCAUCUCUGCCAACCCAGGCAUUAUCCGUCUUUGUGCGUCGGGAAUGUCGGGCGACGGAAAAUUGCAGACCUUGUGCGUAAACGCUGUUGCGGACAAUGCAUUCGCCAACCGUCCAUACUGCCACGUUCUUCGAGGUCAGAAUAAUGUCAGCGAUGGCUGUUACAAUCCAAACCAGGUCGUCCACUCCCCGACUGUAACUACCUCUUACGCGUCUUUUAGGGGGGGUCCAACCGUCACCGUCACCGUCACCCAGUCCAGUGACGCCCGGAUAAAUACUGUCCUUACGUUCGGGGUGUUGCUUUUGGCAAUUAUGCUUCGAAAUGAUGUCAAGAAAUCGUCUGGCUAUGAGGCGAUGUCAGGGCGAUAUCACGACAGGCUGAAGACCAUUAACGAGGCCUCAUCGAAAAGUCUGCUGCCUUAUUCCAUGUUUGUGGACAUUCGGAUGUUGUUCAUAACUUUUUGGACUCUGGUCGCUGUGCAGUGGGGGGUAGACUUGACCAGGGUACUUGGCGUUCAUCGACGUCAAGGACUUUUGAUUGCGUAUUACAACGGAGUGGACAAUACGCUGCUUGGUGGUGCCGACUGGCCGCUCGUAUAG